AAUCAGUACCUGGGGACUCCCAUAUGAAAUUGAUUGGAAUGCUUGUCAUCUCACUUGCAUGUACAGUGGGGUGCAAGUCUUGGAUGUUGUCUCAAUUGGUGAUAAACCACAAAUAUUUUCAGCUAUUUUUUAGGAUUGCAAACAAAGAUCAAAUUAAGUUCAAGCAACAUCCGGAUUUGUCUUCCGAGUCCGCAGGUCUUUUGCGAUGCACUUUUUGUGGAUUUAAAGACAUCAUGUGAAAAAGAUGUUCAAAUGAAUAUUUCCUUUAAAAAUCUCCCAACCACGUUUUAUUUACGGCUUAUCUUUUAGCGUAGACUUUCAUUCAAGAACUAUGAAGUAAAACGCCGCCAUGUCGUCUUCUAUCAAACCCAUGCUUCUUUGCGGGUGACUAUUAGUAACCAGGUCCCGAUGGGCUGCUCGACAUGGGCAUGUAACGCGUGCACAGUGUCGCACACGGACGAUUUUUUGCCACGCAAUCUUCUCCCAUCAUAGUAAGUUCUACUUGUAAGUAAGUAAAACAUUUUCUAACUGUUUUCCUUUACAUUUCCAUAAACACGUGACAAGCUUUAAAAAUAAUUUAUUCCAUGUAACUUGUUCACGUUUCAUUUAGAGAAAUUUUAAAGUCAAAAUAGUGUAUCUCUUUCCUUUAUCUCGGAAACUAAGAAAGGUUUAACCAUGGAUAGUAAACGGUUUAACGUAUUGCCGAAUUUUUUCCCCAUAACACAGCCAUAACCUGAUGAAAUAUGAUUAUUGUUGCAACUUUUCAGCGGGCGAGGGGGAAAAGGCGUUGAGGAGAGGAGUGAGCGCGGGGUUCGAUAGCUGUACUAUAAAUUUGUAUCUUUGACAUUAUUUCAAACAACGUUAACAAAUAUUGUGCUACCUUUGAGCAAAAAGCACGACAGUCUGGUAGCAAAACCAUCUGCUCGGCUAGGUCCGGCUAGCUAAUUUGUUUUCUUCUUUUUCCGGCCAGUUAAAUUGCUUUACCAAAUUAAUUGCUCAUGGAUGACAUGUUUGGUAAAAAAUAAAAAGCAUAAAUUUUUUGAUCAAGGCAUUCCAGCUAGCAGUUAAACUCACGCCUACACACAGAUAGUGAGAUCGCAGCGGCAGAGUAAUGGCUACAGUAAACGUUUCUGAAGAUGGAAAGCAGAACAUUUUUACGACGGCUGAACUGCUAUACUGCUCAUCAGAUAUAACCGCUGGAAUACAUGACCAGUUUACAGCUCUCGCAGUUUUAAACGCUUUUCUGUCCAUUACGACAUUUCUUGGAAAUGUUUUGAUUCUAGCCGCUCUUCGCAAGGAGUCUUCCCUUCAUCCGCCGUCCAAAGUCUUGCUGAGUAACCUUGCAACAACUGAUCUUUGUGUUGGUCUUAUUGUAGAGCCUCAGGCUGUUAUUUUUCUCAUGUCUGCGGUAAAUGAGAAUUGGGAGAUAUGUCGCUACGCAGUAGUCGUCCUUUUUAUCACAGGCAUUACUUUGUGCUCAGUGUCUCUGUUGACACUCACUGCGAUAAGCGUGGACAGACUUCUCGCCCUGUUGUUGGGGCUGAGAUACAGACAAGUUGUAACUUUGAAGCGAGCCUACCUGAUCGUUGUUACAUUUUGGGCUGUAUCCACCAUCUUUUCAGCAAUGCAGUUUUUUAAUAUCUUUAUCGCCUUGUGGUGUGGAAUUAUACUUAUAUUAUUUUGUUUAGUAACUUCAACCUUUUGUUAUACAAAGAUUUUCCUCACCCUCCGCCAUAAUCAAAACCAAGUACAAGAACAUGUUCACCAAACGAACCAAACAAAUCAAUUGAACAUAGCGCGAUACAGGAAGGCAGUGUCCACUGCACUGUGUUUAAAGUUCACGUUACUCGCUUGUUAUCUGCCACAAGUAAUAUUGGCAACUUUGCUCGGCAUUCAUGCUGAGCCAUUUUCAUCAGUUUCUCUCGCGUUUGGUUUUACAACUGCUUUAGUUUUUGUUAGUUCGUCAUUAAACCCGAUUCUUUACUGCUGGAAGAUAGAGGAAGUGAGACAGGCUGUGAAGGACACAAUCAUAGAAGUACUCUGCUGUUGAUCGAGUUAUUUAGCUCUUGUGGAACUAUUAGUUCGAGAACAAAAUUUAUGGGUAAAUUAAAAUUGUACAAUGUCUAUGAAAUAAAACUUGUUGUCCCUCUGUUAUGCAAAUUAAGCGGCAAUAUUAAUACAGUUUACUUUGAGCCAUGUGUAAACGAAGACAGAAAGUUGCUUUUGUAAUUUAUUUUCCAAUUUGAGCAGAUUGAAAGUUUCACCAUUCAUGACUUAAAUAAAUAUUCACUCAGUAAGUUAUUGAUUUUGUUAAAAGGAUAAGUUUUCUUAAGUUGGUUCCAUCUAAUUGAUGACGUUAAGUUGUUAAGUGCUGCACCUUAAGGUGGUGGGGAGGUUUGCGUGCCUUAGUGACCCUGGAAGCUAUACCAGCUCAGCUGAGACUGCAGU